GCGCGCGGGCAAUCAAUGGCGGGGAGCAGGCCGCAGAAGAUGCUCGCCCGAAACUUGACGGGCUUGAUGUGGAUCACUUACCUGCUGAUUGCGCGCCGCGCGAUCGACAGGAUCGCGGUCCCGCUGCCGACGCAGCCUCCGCAGGUGGAGGCGCAGCAACGCGCAGUUUCUUGCGGGGCGGAGCUUUUCCCGCGCAUUUGCUUCUCGAGCGUCAUCUCCCCGGAGUCGGGCGACCACCUGGCGCAGACGCAGCUCGUCGCCGACGACUUGUGCACCGAGCUCGACGAGGCCAAGAGGGAUAAGCGCGAGGAGCUUAGUCAGCUCGAGGUCGUCGAGCCCCGAUUGGCCGACGCCCAGCUCGACAUCUUCGACGUGAAGGACAAGCUGGACAAGCAGUACACUGAAAUGGCGAACCUCAACGUGGAGCUUGAGGCCAUGACG